UAAGAAGAUUGCAAGAUAGUUCAGAAAGUGCAGUUGUAAAGUAGAUUUGUUACAUCUUUGCUACCGGCUAAUAUCGAAGUAGCAGAAUGAAUUAAUGGAUUUCCUUGCAGAUUGUAAGUGAUUACCGUACUUUUCACUAUGUAUUCUAUAUGUAAAAGUACUCAUCCUGCAACCGGAGUUGAACACGCAAUCACUUGCCAUUUUUUCAAUCGUACUGAAAAAUGUCUUGUUGUUGCCGGUGCAAAUGUUAUACGUGUUUUUCGCUUAAUUCCGGAUAUCGAUGUGACAAAGAAAGAGAAAUAUAUAGAAUCACGUCCUCCUAAAAUGAAACUAGAAUGUUUGGCACAAUAUACUUUGCAUGGAAACAUCAUGUCUAUGCAGGCUGUUCAUCUUAUUGGAUCACAGAGGGAUUCUUUAUUACUGAGUUUCCGUGAUGCAAAAUUGUCUGUUGUGGAAUAUGAUCAAGACAUUCAUGAUUUAAGGACUGUAUCUUUACAUUAUUUUGAAGAAGAAGAAAUAAGGGAUGGGUGGACAAAUCAUCAUCAUAUACCUAUCGUAAGAGUAGAUCCUGAAGGAAGAUGUGCUGUAAUGUUAAUAUAUGGUAGAAAAUUGGUAGUAUUACCAUUUCGUAAAGAUCCUAGUUUGGAUGAUGGUGAUCUGCUUGAUACUGCAAAGUUUGCAUCAUCCAAUAAAACUCCCAUCUUAUCUUCAUAUAUGAUAGUGUUAAAAACACUAGAAGAAAAGAUGGAUAAUGUGAUAGAUUUACAGUUUCUGCAUGGAUAUUAUGAGCCUACAUUAUUAAUUUUGUAUGAACCAGUAAGAACAUUUUCAGGGCGUAUUGCAGUAAGACAGGAUACUUGCGCAAUGGUUGCUAUAUCCUUGAACAUUCAGCAAAGAGUCCAUCCUAUUAUUUGGUCUGUUUCUAAUUUACCAUUUGAUUGUUAUCAAGCUGUCCCUGUGAAAAAACCACUAGGUGGUACAUUGAUAAUGGCUGUUAAUUCACUUGUUUAUCUGAACCAGAGCAUACCACCUUAUGGAGUAUCACUUAACAGUUUGGCAGAUACGAGUACAAAUUUCCCAUUAAAACCACAAGAUGGAGUGAAGAUAAGUUUAGAAGGAGCUCAGGUUGCAUUUUUGUCUACAGAUCGUUUAGUCAUUUCCCUGAAAAGCGGAGAAUUGUAUGUUUUAUCCCUGUUUGCUGACAGUAUGCGAUCUGUACGUGGAUUCCAUUUUGACAAGGCUGCCGCUAGUGUAUUAACAUCAUGUGUGUGUAUGUGCGAGGAUAAUUAUCUUUUUCUCGGAUCUCGACUCGGUAAUUCGUUAUUAUUACGAUUCACGGAGAAAGAACCUGAAACUAUAAGAAGUCUGAAUGACGGCGAGAUCAGCAUCGAGGAUAACGAAAACGAGGAAACCCCAGCUAAAAAGGCAAAACAAGACUUCCUCGGUGACUGGAUGGCAUCUGAUGUGUUAGACAUUAAAGAUCCAGAAGAAUUGGAAGUGUAUGGCAGUGAAACGCAUACAUCUAUUCAAAUCACAUCAUAUAUUUUUGAGGUGUGCGACAGUUUAUUAAAUAUUGGACCUUGUGGAAAUAUCUCCAUGGGAGAACCAGCUUUUUUGUCAGAAGAAUUUGCACACAAUCAAAAUCCCGAUGUAGAGCUCGUGACGACGUCUGGAUACGGUAAAAACGGUGCGCUAUGUGUACUCCAAAGUUCUAUACGUCCUCAGGUUGUGACAACGUUUGAAUUGCCAGGCUGUGAGGAUAUGUGGACUGUUAUUGGUUCAUUAAAUAAUGACGAGCAAAUCAAAUCAGAAACAGAAGGAUCCCAUGCUUUCUUAAUAUUGAGUCAAGACGAUUCGACUAUGAUACUGCAAACCGGUCAAGAAAUCAAUGAAGUAGAUCAAAGCGGAUUUAGCACACAAGGGAGUACAGUAUUUGCUGGAAAUCUUGGUGCCAAUAGAUAUAUAGUACAAGUCACUCAAAUGGGAGUACGUCUUUUGCAAGGCAUUGAACAAAUUCAACAUAUGCCCAUAGAUCUUGGCUGCCCAAUUGUACAUGCAAGUUGUGCCGACCCAUAUGUAACAUUGCUUUCGGAAGAUGGACAAGUGAUGCUGCUGACGCUCAGAGAAGUUAGAGGCACAGCAAAAUUGCACGCUCAGGCUGCAAAUUUAUUGUUUCGUCCCCAAAUAGAGGCGUUAUGCGCUUACAGAGAUGUAAGCGGGAUUUUUACGACACAGUUGUCCGAGAAUGCGGAGGACGAACAAACUGAAGAAGAGCACAAUGUAGAAGAACCAUCAAUAAUUGGCAAUAUCGACAAUGAGGAUGAUCUAUUGUACGGUGACGUACCAGCAUUUCAAAUGCCCACACCGUCGUAUCCAAAAACGGAUGGAACCACAAAAAAAAUACCUUGGUGGCAAAAACACUUGCAAGAAAUUAAGCCUACUUACUGGUUACUCGUCUAUAGAGACAGCGGAACUCUAGAGAUUUAUUCGUUACCCGACUUACGUUUGUCUUAUCUCAUUCGCAAUUUCGGCUACGGUCAAUACGUGCUACACGACAGCAUGGAAUCCACGACUCUGCAAUCGGCACCAAUCAAUGAAACCAUUAACCCCGAAAUGCAGGUACGUGAAGUUCUGAUGGUCGCUCUGGGACAUCAUGGAAACCGACCUAUGCUUUUGGUACGUCUCGACUCGGAAUUGCAAAUUUAUCAAGCUUACAAGUAUCCAAAAGGGCAUCUAAAACUGAGGUUUAAGAAAUUGGAUCAUGGGAUUAUCCCAGGACAUUUAAGUCGGAAACCAAAAGAAGAAGAUAUGUCAAUAAAUACGAGUGAAACUCGCAUCUGUAUGAUGCGUUAUUUCAGCAAUAUCGCUGGGUACAAUGGAGUGUUCAUAUGCAGCGAUUAUCCACAUUGGAUAUUUUUAACAGGGCGCGGUGAACUUCGAACGCAUCCAAUGGGUAUUGACGGCUCUGUUACGUCUUUUGCUGCUUUUAAUAACAUUAAUUGUCCGCAAGGCUUUCUAUACUUUAAUAGAAAGGAAGAAUUAAGAAUAUGCGUUCUACCGACUCAUUUGUCUUACGAUGCACCUUGGCCAGUUAGAAAAGUACCUUUGCGAUGUACACCGCAUUUCGUUACGUAUCAUCUCGAGAGCAAAACUUAUUGUGUCAUAACAAGUACAGCGGAACCUUUGAAAAGCUAUUACAGAUUCAAUGGUGAAGACAAGAAAUGCGUCAUUAUUAAACAGGAAUUCACAGAAGAGGAGCGUCCGGAAAGAUUUCUUUAUCCAUUUCAAGAACAAUUUUGCAUCGUGUUAUUCUCUCCAGUUUCGUGGGAAACUAUUCCCAAUACAAAAAUUGAAUUAGAUCAAUGGGAACAUGUCACUUGUCUGAAAAAUGUUUCACUAGCAUAUGAAGGAACAAGAUCUGGUUUGAAGGGUUAUAUAGUAUUGGGGACGAAUUACAAUUACGGCGAAGAUAUCACUAGUAGAGGACGAAUACUUAUAUUCGAUAUCAUCGAAGUAGUACCUGAACCAGGCCAACCAUUAACAAAAAAUAGAUUUAAGCAGAUUUAUGCAAAAGAACAAAAAGGCCCAAUAACUGCUAUAACGCAAGUAUCCGGAUUUUUAGUCUCAGCUGUAGGUCAGAAGAUUUAUAUUUGGCAAUUAAAAGAUAAUGAUCUUGUUGGAGUUGCAUUUAUUGAUACCCAGAUCUAUAUUCAUCAAAUGCUAAGUAUUAAAAGCCUAAUUCUGAUAGCUGAUGUAUAUAAAUCAAUUAGUUUGUUAAGAUUUCAGGAAGAGUACAGGACACUCUCUCUUGUUAGUAGAGACUUCAGACCCGCAGAAGUGUACACGAUAGAAUAUUUAAUUGAUAAUACAAAUCUAGGUUUUCUCGUCGCUGACGGAGAAAGUAAUUUAGCUUUAUUUAUGUAUCAACCGGAGUCCAGAGAGAGCCUUGGAGGUCAAAAGCUAAUUAGGAAGGCAGAUUUUCAUUUAGGACAAAAAAUAAAUACUUUCUUCCGCAUCAGGUGCAGAGUCACUGAUCUUGCGAAUGAUAAGAAGCAUUUUUCUGACGCCGACAAGAGGCAUGUUACAAUGUAUGCAUCAUUAGACGGAAGUCUAGGUUACGUUUUACCAGUACCGGAGAAAACAUAUCGGAGACUACUUAUGUUACAAAAUGUAUUGGUCACACAUAUUUGUCAUAUUGCAGGCUUGAAUCCAAAAGCAUAUCGCACGUAUAAAAGUUAUGUACGAAAUCAAGGUAAUCCAGCAAGAGGUAUUAUUGAUGGUGAUUUGGUUUGGCGCUACCUUUUCCUACCUAACAACGAGAAAGCAGAUGUAGCCAAGAAAAUUGGAACGCGCGUCCAAGAAAUUGUUGAAGAUAUUACGGAGAUUGAUCGACAAACAGCGCACUUUUAGACAUAGUUAUACUUAAUUAGAUAUAUAUAUAUAUAAGCUUUUAUAUUAUUUUUAUACUAAUUACCUAAGGGAAGUUUCAUCGCAUAUCAAUAUAGAAUGCUAAAUGUACACAACAGUACGUACGUUUUGAAGUUACUUCAGUUACUUCAGUUGUUUAAUUCAAGGAUCGUGUCGAAAAACCUCAUUAAACCUAAAUUUAUGGCAUUUUAAUACAAAACAACAAAUGUAAUUUAUAUAUUUAUUUUAUACAAAGUAAUAGAGUGGUUUCGUGAUAAUAUUUUCUGACACACAAAAAUAAAGUGAUUGUAUAUCAUAUAUGUGUAACGAGAUUAAGCGAUUAAGAUAUUAUCAGUAUUAAUAUAUGAGAUAUAUUUUCUCAAAUGCAUCGAC